AUGGGCCUUGAGGUGACCACCGCACUGGUCGCGCUUGUAGUGUCCUUGAUCGCGCUCUUGAUCGCGUCUCUACAGCUCGUUCAAGCCCUAUUUGGCACCGCCGAAGGUUACAAACGAUGCUCGCGGUCAGUCAUCGGGUCCUGGGAGGGUUUGAGACGACGCUAUUUCUUGCCCUCAGAACUCCGGUUUGAAGUGUUAUACAUGACUCCACAGAUACUCCUGGUGUCACAAGAAGCGAAGCGUUGGUUGGAGGACAAGCACCUUGAAAACUGCACUGCAGAGAAUCAAGGCCCUGUGGAGCAUGUCUGCAUUUUACAUCAGCACAAUAUUGACAAGAUCUACAAAGAAGAACAGAGGAAAAAGUGCGAGUGGGAAGAGAAUGCUUCCCGAUGGCAUCGACACUACCACGAGUUGCUGGACUGGUUGUCUCGACACUACAACCCUUGGGAGUACCACAACAAGAUGCGGAUCUUGUUCACCACUGCUCGCGGACACAAUUUCAAGCAGGAUCCGUCAACACAUCCGGAAGAGAUCAGGAUGGAAGAGCUGGCGAGGACUGUGACUACGUACGUGCCGCCAUUAGAACGAGGAGUGCAACGACGACCGACACACCUACGUUCGGCGCCCGUCAGCAGUCCCGGUCCUGACUACGAAAUGCGCGUCACGUGGGACAUCUUCCUGAAGGAAAUCACCAAUGUCUACACGCAGUAUCCUGCAUGGACACCCGAUGUCCCUCGAUUCGAUGUACACACUGCGAUUCGGUAUGCGAAUCAUGCAGCAAUCUCUGACGCGCGCCAUCUCUACCUCGAGCGUAACUGGGCAAGGACUCACGCGGCCGUGAUGUUCCGACAAUGGUCCUGGGACAUGAUGCCCGCCGACAUGACCAGGCCACUGGCUACCAUCGCCAUCAGUCACUUAGUGAUCCUUGCAGUCCGGCUGGGAAUGCAAUGGCGCUCAAUCAAUCUUGAAACUGGCAUGUCUGCCGAUGGGCAUGGCUAUAGUCUCUCGAGCACAAGAUCCGACAAACUGGGCCUUGUAUUCAAACUGAUUGCCUUUGGUCCCGAUUUCGAACCUCAGGGACGUCUUAUUCCUAGCAAAUCGGCGGACAAAUUGAUCUGUGGCAUGUUGCCUGGUUGUAAUGUUUUGGUCAAUAGGGAUUUCAACUUAAUCGAUAACGACCGAAGAAGCAUACUAGACCUACGUCGCGCGCAAGAGCCUGACCAUGUGCUGGACCAGAUUGGUCUUCCUGAGAAAGCCAGAUUGCAGAUCAAGGGAGCAGCCAGAAAGUGGUCCCUCCCGUCUAUCCACAACGAAAUCGUCCCUUUGCUCUGCGCAUUUCUUCCCAUUGAAGGCGUUUCUGCAGUUCGGCAUUAUGCGCAUUGCUGGCUCGAGAGACGGAAGAGUGUCCUUCACCUCUGGGAAGGUCGGUACGUUUUGCUGUACCGUCUCCGGCAGACUCUCCGUGUCCCACGCGGAGUGCACCAUAGUCAUAGUCCGCAGCUGAUCACAACCUAUGACUACCUCGAACAUCUCAUGACGGACUAUCCGCAGGACUUUUUUGGGCUCAAGGAUGAUCGCGCCAUUGACGGCCCUCAUGGACACUCAACGAAUCCCAAAGCAGCAGAAAGACGCAAUGAACUGAUCGCUCUGUGCCGCAAGAUCCAUCGUUGGACUGAUGACUGCCUGAAAGAUAUGGGCUUCGCCAAGGAGGACGCCCAAGGUCGCACGCAUUACCAGAACCUCGUUGCGGCGCAUAUCAACAUGGCUAUUCACUCCACCACUUCGAUAUACAGCAACGCAAAGCGACAGACCGAGUUCCCGAGCUGUCCGCUCAGUGUUGAGAAAAUCCCACGCGUCUACGAACCCAUCCUGCGAGAGGUGCUGGCGCUCGGCGAUGACACGAGGCCUCCGUGGGUCCUAUGCCAGCUGCUGGAAGAAGCGCAACGAUAUGUCCAUUACAUGGCAUGCGAGGACCACUCGGUCGCGAAAUAUCUCCGCGAGCGCGGCUUGACCUGUAGCGUGUCGGAGAUUGAAACUGCGUGGUGGAUCUUGAUGCUGCGCGGUAUCGCGUGGAAUAUGUCGACGAUUGAUCAUUGCUGGGGAGAGCCGAUUCCUGCUUCUUUUUACGACAAUCACGUGCCAGCGUGGAUGACAUGA